AUGGACAAAGAGGACUUUCACGGUGAGCAGCAAUUGGACAUAUUGGAUCUAACCGACUCGUCCUCCGGCAUGGCCAAGAGCAAGGGCUCCGCAGACAGCGCAGACAGCGCAGCGGAGGGUGUGGACGAGACUGACAAGGCCAGAGUGGGUCAAACGGAGAAGCCCCCAUACUCUUACGUCGCCCUCAUUGCCAUGGCCAUCAAGGAGAGCCGAGAAAAGAGGUUGACCCUGAGCGGAAUUUAUCAGUUCAUCAUCUCAAAAUUCCCCUACUACGAGAAAAAUAAGAAGGGGUGGCAGAACAGCAUUCGGCACAACCUCAGUCUCAACGAGUGCUUUCUCAAAGUACCCAGGGAGGGCGGAGGUGACCGAAAAGGGAAUUUCUGGACUUUGGAUCCUGCAUUUGAGAACAUGUUUGAGAAAGGGAACUACAGACGCCGAAGAAGGGUGAGGAGACCCUACAGACCUGCCACCGUUCCUUACAUAGCGGGGACCACCUGCGUGGACUAUCCGGAGCACUUCUAUCUGCAACAGAAACCAGUCUAUGUACAGGCGCCUUUUGUCAGUAACCCCUGGACCCUCUCCCAGCCAAACUCACCUCAGGCCACCUCAUACAGCUACCCCCAGUCGCAGCCCAUCAACGGACAAGUGCACUCAGUGUCCCCAAAUGGAUACGCCAGCUCCCCUGUAACCUACUACCACAACCAUCAGUUCCACGCCACCUACAGUGCUUACCACCGACAUGCGUCCGUCGUGAUGCCACAUAACGGAUGCCCCUGUGGUGGUAUGACCCAGCCUUUGAGCCCCGGCGGAGGCUCGACUUCCCAAGCGUGCUACCCCCAGUUCUCCUUUGCCAUACAACCAGAAAUGCCACUUGCGCACUCAUUUGAGUAG